AUGGAAACCAGGAAGGAGAUGGUGAUGUUUCUGGAGGGGACUACUCUUGGCGCUCUAGUUGGCAAGAGGGUGCCUAAUUUGUCCGAAGCAGUGGGGAGCCCCGCUGCGGAGCCGCAGGAGAAGAUGAUCCAUCGGAACUGCAUCAGCCCCAGACCUGGCCCCUUGUCGUCCCGGGAGAGAGGAGGAGGAGGAGGUGGCGGAGGAGAAGACGAAGAGGAGGUGGAGGUGCUGCCAGGGACAGGGACGGUGCCGGAGAGCCGCUCGGCGGCGGCAGCACUGCUUUCGGCCGGACAGCAGCCCCCCGUCCCGGAGCUCCCCUCCAGCAAAGGGCAGCAGAGCAGCUCGGACACCGAGUCGGAUUUCUAUGAGGAAAUCGAGGUGAGCUGCACCCCGGACUGCGCCACGGGGAGCGCCGAGUACCAGCACAGCAAAGGGCCGUGCUCCGAGGCGUUGGCCGGCAGCCCCAGCGGCGGGGGGGAUCACCCCAAGGGCAGCGGAGGCAGCGGCGGCUCCCAGGGCUCGCUGGCCUGCAGCGCCAGCGACCAGAUGCGCCGCUACCGCACCGCCUUCACCCGCGAGCAGAUCGCCCGGCUGGAGAAGGAGUUUUACCGGGAGAAUUACGUGUCCAGACCCCGGAGAUGUGAGCUGGCGGCUGCUCUAAAUCUGCCAGAAACCACCAUCAAGGUUUGGUUCCAGAACCGCAGGAUGAAGGACAAGCGGCAGCGCCUGGCCAUGACCUGGCCUCACCCGGCCGACCCGGCGUUUUAUACGUACAUGAUGAGCCACGCGGCAGCCACCGGGAACCUGCCGUAUCCAUUCCCGUCCCACCUGCCCCUGCCCUACUACUCCCACAUGGGCAUCGGCGCCACAUCGGCCUCUGCCGCCACCCCCUUCAGUACUCCCCUGAGGCCUCUGGACACCUUCAGAGUCCUCUCCCACCCGUACCCGAGACCAGAACUGCUGUGCGCCUUCAGACAUCCCUCUCUCUACCCCCCAACUCAUGGACUGAGCAGCACCGGGGGCAACCCCUGCUCCUGCCUGGCAUGCCACAGCGGCCAGUCCAACGGGCUGGCGCAGAGACCCUCCGGAUCAGACUUUACCUGUUCGGCCACAACCAGGACUGACUCCUUUCUCACUUUUACGCCCUCUGUGCUGAGCAAAGCCACCUCAGUUUCCAUGGACCAGAGAGAAGAAGUACCUUUAACGAGAUAAACCUUUGUCUCAGGGUCAUUAAAUACUCAUUCCUUUCUCGGACUUCUCUUCGAGUUAAUGUACCUACAGCCCAUGUUUAUUUAAUCGUAUUCUCUCCUCAGCCGCGGAC